UUAAAAAUAAAGUUAUCCUUAGCUGAAGACAGAUAAUUUAUUCAGCAAGUAAUCCAAGGCAAGUUUCAGUGCAAGUUGUCCUUGAUCUCUGAUUAUAGAACAGCUGAUAGUUGACAUUGCGUUGCACUUAGUGUUAACUGGAAUAUUGUUUUUGUAUUUUUUUUAUAUUUUCUAGGUGCUGUGGCUUUAAAAUUGUAAUUUUAACUAGAAAUUAAUUAUGGAAGAAGAUGUUUUAACUACUUUAAAAAUUUUAAUUAUCGGGGAAAGUGGCGUUGGAAAAUCAAGUCUUCUUCUUCGAUUCACUGAAGAUAGUUUUAAUCCAGAUCAAUCUUUAACAAUAGGAGUAGAUUUCAAGACAAAGAAACUUUCCAUUGAUGGAAAUACAGUUAGAUUAGCUAUAUGGGAUACAGCAGGACAGGAGAGAUUCAGAACCCUCACUCCUAGCUAUUAUCGGGAUGCUCAAGGUGCUAUCUUGGUAUAUGACGUUACAUCUCAAGCAACGUUUUCCAAAUUGGAAACCUGGCUUUCAGAAUUAGAUACAUAUUCUACAAAAUCAAACAUUGUUAAGAUGGUUGUUGGGAAUAAAAUUGAUAAGGCUGGACGAGAAAUAAGCAGGGAAGAAGGAAUGAAGUUUGCUAGACGACAUGCAACACUUUUCAUUGAGUCAAGUGCAAAGACCAAGGAUGGUGUUCAGUGUGCCUUUGAAGAACUUGUACAAAAGAUAAUUCAAACUCCAGGAUUAUGGGAAUCUACCAAUGGUGGUAAAACAUUCCAAGUUUCUGAUGGUCCUGCUGAACCAUCAUCAUGUGGAGGAUGGCAGUGCACAAUAUAAUUUGUUAUUAUUAUAUCAUACCACAUUUUAUCUUUUUUUUUUUUUUUUUUUU